AUGAGCUAUCCACCACCCAAUUCCGGUCAAUAUCCUUACAUCCCUCAUCCGCAAUACCAGUCCGGCCACGUCCCUCAACAGCAGGUGCUAUACAACAAUGCUGUGGCUCCUUCACCAUCGCCGUACAAUGGCUAUGGCAAGCCGCCGGCUUAUCCUCCGGGGAUGAUGCCGUAUCCUUCGGCAUACCAGGAGUUUCUUCAGCAACAUCAGCCACAACAGCAUCAACAUAUGCAACAGCCGCAGUUGCAACAAUCCCCCCUCAUCCACCAGCAACAGCAACAGCAACUACCGCCUCAAUCCCAAGUCCAGUCGCGGAUUCCUCAGCAUCAGCAGCAACAAUCCCCUCGUCCGCGGGCACAACCGCCCUUGCUUCCUCACAGUCAAUCGCAAUCACCUAUGAUAUCUCACGCGCAACAUCAGUCUCCUCAUCCACGACCGCAGCAGCAGUCUUACACUCAGCCGCAUCAAUCCCCGAUCCUUCAACAGCCUCGCCAAUUACAAUCUCCGAGACAGCAACUGCAGCAACAGCAUCAGCAGCACCACCAUCAUUCUUACAUUCAACCGCAUCAAUCCCCUAUCCUUCAACAACCUCAAACGCUGCCAUCUCCACGACAGCAGCAUCAGCAACCUUACAUCCAACCACAUCAGUCUCCGAGCCUCCAGCAACCUGAACAACUACCAUCUCCUCACCCGAGGCCAGCACAGUCCCCCGCUCAAAUACCCCAACGCCAGCAGAGCAUAUCACGCCCGACUCCUAUCAAGGCCCCAUCUGUACAACGUUCUCCCGUACAGCAGCCACAGGCACAGCAGCCUCGUGUGCAGCAAGUACCAGCACCGCAAUCCCAGACAUCGCAACUACCAGUGCAACGAUCACCGGUACAACAGCCGCAAGUACAACAGCCGCAAGUACAACAGCCGCAAGUACAACAGCCGCAAGUACAACAGCCGCCAGUACAACAGCCGCCAGUACAACAACCGCCGGUACAGCAAUCACAGGUACAACAACCGCCGGUACAGCAAUUACAGGCACAACAGCCACCGCUACAACAGUCUCAUGUGCAGCAACCUCCACCCCUGCCACCGAUCGAGCCUGAACAUCAGUUUGUCAAUCCAGCCAAUUUAUUUGUCGAGCCGCCUCUACCUACCGCCCCACGAUCUUGGUACAGUGUAUCUCAAUAUCUUGAUCCAGCCGCCCUGUCAACCAGUUCCACUGCCGAUGAUCCACCUUCAAUCCCAUUACCCGCUACUUCUUCACCAUCGCUCGCUCAGACACCUUCAACUCAAAGUGCUUUAUUGGCUCAAAGUGCUCCAUCAUCUAAAAGUGUCCCUUUGACCAAGCAGAGUACUCCGUUGGCCCAUAAAGAUCCGCCAGCUCAGAGCGCCCCUCCAGCGAAUCCUCGGGAUAACCCGCCACCUAUCCAAGGAGAGUCUAGCUUCCAGAUUCUGCAACCCAUUAAGGCUGAUCAAAGGCCCCUACAUCAGCCUUCUCCCAAAAUCAAGGUUGAAAAGGUCAAGGCGGAGAAGAUCAAGGCCGAGAAGAUUAGGGCUGAUAAGGUCCAACCGCCUGCAUCAAAGCUGCCAGCGACACCGAAGACAGCGGCCCCAUCUGAGCUAACUUUUCCCAAUCCUACCCCCUCGCCAGCUAUCCAUGCGAUCCCACAAGUCGUGCUUCCAGCACCGUCCUCGGCUUCCAAGCCAAGUGUGCAAAUUCAGCAAGCUCAAAAUACUCCACAACAAAAAAAGCAGCCUGCCCAGAAAGUCACUGAUAAGAUAACCAAGUCCAAUAAGCCCCCAGUUGAUUAUCAAGUCUUGCUACUGUCUCUGGCUGAUGAGUAUUUGAAUGCUGCUCAUCGACAUGGGACCCAAACUGCCUUGGUAUCUCACCCCGCGGAUGUGGAAGAGUAUUACAAGCUAGUUUCUACCGGGCUUGGAUGCUUAGAAGCUGUCUUAAAGAAUUGGAGAUUGCCACCUCGCAAAGAAGCUCUUGUGCGACUUCGCUAUGCGCGCACGUUAUUUGAGGAGACAGAUAAUGAUAUUGAGGCUGAGACAGCUUUAAGCAAAGGAAUUGACUUAUGUGAGCGGAACCGCAUGCUGGAUUUGAAAUAUAGUAUGCAGCAUCUGUUAGCACGCAUGCUCCACAAGUCCAAUCCCAAAGCUUCGCUCAAAGCUGUCGAUGGCAUGAUUCAAGAUGUCGAAGCCUACCGUCAUGCGGCCUGGGAGUAUGCGUUUAGGUUUCUACGAGUUUCCUUAUCCCUGUCAUCUCCGUCCCAUCAAGACUCUGUUCAGGCUCUUCAACACCUGAAUAAGAUUGCAACCAUGGCCUCUCGUAACGGGGACAAGGCUGUGUCAGCGAUGGCAGCUGUUAUUGAAGCUCUAGCACAUUUGCAACAAGGAGGAAGCUCCGAUUCCAUCGAACAGGCACAGCGUGCCGUAGCAGUAGCACGGAGUCACCAGUUGAAUGAUGAGCUCCGUCACAUCCCUCAGCUUGUCACUCUGAUCCAGAUGGUCGAUAUCUGCUGCAGCGUUCUCGAAUAUGAUGUCAAUCAGUCUGCUCAAAAGUUAAAGGUCAUGCAGUCCUUGGUGGAUGAAACACUCAACAACUCCAACUGGCGUACCGAUGGCUCAUUUUCUGUUCCGCUAAAUGGCAAAUCUGCUGGGCCAUCUUCUAUUGACACAGGAGACAUUCUUCAGGUUGAGAAUGGGACGCUUCUUCUCAGCUUUAAUUGGCUUCCUCAGCAUGAUCUCUAUGCUCUAUCUUACUUCCUCAGCUCAAUCACUUUAAGUGCAAAGAAUUCUUAUGACGGACGCAAGGCAGAGAAGUAUCUCGAUGAGGGGAUUCGAAUGAUUCAAGGGUCAUUCACCACUCCCCAAGAGAUCUCAGAGUCUAUGGUGACUGCAGCGCGACGUGUUGAAUGGCGCCGGUCUUUGUACUGCAAUUCCCUCUUGCAGCGUGUUUUCUUAGCCUGCUCCCGAACCGACUGGGAAAUGGCAAGCACGUCCCUCAAUGACUUACGACAGGUUGUCCAAGAGAUGGGGCCUAAUAUCCCCAGGCCUAUCGAGUGCUUGAUGGAAUAUGCCGCUGGUACCAUUGCUCAGUCUACUGGUGAUCUCGCAAGCGCCCUCCGCAUCUUCCAAUCUGAUCUCUUGUCACUCUCGCCCUCAGCCAGCAAGACCACACGCAAUGAUCCUUGCCGCGAUACCUGUAUUCUUGCAGCGCUCAACACCGUCCUCCUCAUCCGUGACCCUGCACAUCCAUCGCAUUCACGACUUUCCACUGUGAUGACCACCCUUGAGUCUUUCUGCUCUAAUAGUCCCAACAAGUACAUCCAGGCAGCCUACUUCCUAGUCUGCGCUACUGUCCAUACCGAAUCCACAAUUCAGACCAAGCAGUACCUCCAGCAGGCGCUGCAGUCCGCAACAGCUAUCAGCAACAGCCAAAUCACCUGCAUGACUCUCACUUUCAUGAGCUGGAAGUAUUUCCGUGGGGUGGUUGGUGAACAAGCUGAGAAGAGUGCGCGGGCGGGCCGGGCCAUGGCUAAAAGAGCCAAUGAUCGUCUUUGGGCUAGUGUCACUGAUGAGAUGUUGGCUGAUACUCUUGAGCGACAGGGUAAAAGUGAUGAGGCCCUUGGUGUGCGUGAGGAAGGUCAAAGACUUAUCAUGGGACUUCCACCUGGCUUGAAACGACCAACUUGA